AUGAGCGCAUCUCCGUACCGUGCAUCCCCUCAGCAGGAUACUCGGAAGCGUCAGACGCGCCGUGAUGAGGCAAUUCGCAAGCGUAUCGAAGGCGAGCUCAGCCGCAAAGCGGGAAAGCCAUCGACCCCCACACAGAACAAGCGGCGCGGAGGGAAUGCUGCGAGCGGCACUGUAUCGGCGCUGCGCCCACUCCCCGCGCUGACUGUUCCCCAAUCCAUGAGCAUUACUGAUGCAAGUCAGCUGUGUGCGGCCAAGCGCACAGACUGUGUGUUGGUCGUAGACGAUGACGAGCAUUUGGCCGGUAUUUUUACGGCGAAGGACCUCGCCUAUCGUAUCGUCGCUGAGAAUCUCGAUCCCAGGGCCACGUCCGUGAGUGAGAUUAUGACAACCUCGCCCAUGGUAACGCGCGAUACGACGAAUGCCACCGACGCACUGAACACAAUGGUCACGCGUGGAUUCCGUCAUUUGCCCGUUUGCAACGAAGACGGCGACGUGAUAGGACUGUUGGACAUCGCAAAAGUGUUUUACGAGGCGCUCGAGAAGCUCGAGCGUGCGCAUGGGACGUCACAGAAGCUUUACAAUGCAUUGGAGGGCGUGCAGAACGAAUGGGGCGGUUCUGCCAUGGGCCCGCAGCAGGCCAUGAUGCAGUAUGUCGAAUCCCUGCGCGAGCACAUGAGCAUGCCGGACCUAAACUCAAUUCUCGACUCGCGCACCUUGCCUUGCACGGUUGGCGUGCGCACCAGUGUGCGCGACGCUGCCAAGGUCAUGAAGCAGUAUCAUACCACCGCCGUUUGCGUCAUGGAGAAUGGCCCCUCUGGAAACGCAGCGAGCGGGCAGGGCAUUGCAAAAGGAAAGAUUGCAGGCAUCUUUACAAGCAAGGAUAUUGUGCUGCGCGUCAUUGCUGCGGGUCUGGACCCCAAGACAUGCAGUGUGAUUCGCGUCAUGACGCCUCAUCCCGAAACUUCGUCGCCUUCGCUGAAUAUCCAGGAAGCGCUCCGAAAGAUGCACGGUACGUUGCAAACACAGCUCACCACAGAUGGCCACUUUCUCAACCUGCCUGUCGUCGACGUCGACGCACGCCUGGUCGGUGUCGUGGACGUGCUUAAACUCACGUACGCAACGCUCGAGCAGGUCAACAGCAUGGGCGACGAACAAGGCAGCGGUGCCGGCGGGCCCAUGUGGAAUCGAUUUUGGAACAGCUUUGGGCAGAGCGGCUCUGUAGACGAGUCGAGCGCGGUGAGUGGCAGCCAGCAACCCUACUCGCCGCACACGGCAGACUUGACCUCGGACGUGCACCCGAAUGAUAGUGCGAGUGCCGUCGGUGCAAGCACACAUGACGGCGCAUCGAAUGCCGGCGUCCCUGAGAUGGACGACGGCACGUACCUGUUCAAGUUUGUCACGCCCAGUGGCCGCGUGCAUCGAUUCCAAGCGCGCUACGACAACUUUGAGACGAUCCACGAGAUUGUCAUGAUUAAGCUCGCCAACGACCCGUUCUUCUUGGAUACAUCUGCAGGUGGGUUUGCUGCGUCUAGCUCCACAAUGCGAACAGAUUUUGACCAAGAUCACGGUUUGCCUGCCCCUAUUUUUACCCCUCCUAUGCCAUCAGGUCCCAGUGUAAAUCCACCGAGUUUAGAUGAUUUCCACCUUGCUUACAAGGACGACGAGGACGACCUUGUGCUGAUUACUACUGACGGCGACGUACUGGAUUCCGUGGCCGUGGCCAAGCACCAGGGCAAGGACCGCGUCUUGCUUAUUCUUCAGGGCGGCAGGACGUGGGACGAGGCGGCGUCGCGCGACGGCUCCUACUCUGGCUUUGCAUCCUCCUCUUCCGUCUCUGCUGCGAACCUGCGGAAGCGCAAGGCAGAAGCAGGCGGCAAUGCGGAAGCGCAAGGGCGCCGCGGAAAAAGCGACCAUAUUUUUGGGUUUUUUCCCAAAGACUUGGCGCUGCCCGCCGCCAUUGGCUUUCUCGGCAUUGCCGUGCUGGGUGCAGUGACACUGACCAGGGCCAACGCGCGCUAA